UGCGAGGGCAGUGGCUGUCACGGAGCAUGCUCCGAGCACCGGCGCACGCUCAGUAGCAGCCGGGGAGUCCGGUCCGCUGGGGAGCCGGUUCUGAGUCCGUUCAGCCCCUGGGAGCGAUGGCGCCAGAGGAGGAUGGCGCGGCAGCGGGCACCGUGCUCCUGGCUGAGUGCAAGGCAGAGGCUAAGUUAAUACUGUACCACUGGACCCACUCGUUCUGCUCCCAAAAGGUGCGCUUAGUAAUUGCUGAAAAAGCACUGAAGUGUGAAGAACACGAUGUAAGUUUACCCUUGAGUGAACACAAUGAACCUUGGUUUAUGCGUUUAAACUCAUCUGGAGAAGUGCCUGUCCUUAUCCAUGGGGAAAAUAUUAUUUGUGAGGCCACACAGAUUAUUGAUUAUCUUGAAGAGACAUUCGUGGAUGAGAAGACACCAAGAUUAAUGCCAGAAGAAGGAAGCAUGUAUUACCCAAGGGUGCAACACUAUAGAGAGCUCUUGGACUCCUUGCCUAUGGAUGCCUACACACAUGGCUGCAUUUUACACCCAGAAUUAACAGUGGAUUCCAUGAUUCCAGCUUAUGCGACAACUAGAAUUCGCAGCCAGAUAGGUAACACAGAAUCUGAACUAAAGAAGCUUGCCAAAGAAAAUCCAGACCUCCAAGAUGCUUAUAUAGCAAAACAGAAGCGUCUUAAAUCUAAGCUGCUGGACCAUGAUAAUAUAAAGUACCUGAAGAAAAUACUUGAUGAAUUGGAAAAAGUUUUGGACCAGGUUGAGACUGAGUUACAAAGGAGAAAUGAAGAAACACCAGAAGAUGGACAGCAGCCUUGGCUGUGUGGUGAAUUCUUUAGUUUGGCAGAUGUAUCACUUGCUGUUACAUUACAUCGCCUGAAGUUUCUGGGGUUUGCAAGAAGAAACUGGGGAAAUGGAAAACGACCCAACUUGGAAGCCUAUUAUGAACGUGUCUUGAAGAGAAAAACAUUUAACAAAGUUUUAGGACAUGUCAACAACAUAUUAAUCUCAGCAGUUCUGCCAACUGCGUUCCGGGUGGCCAAGAAAAGGGCACCAAGAGUUCUUGGCACAACCAUGUUGGUUGGCUUGCUAGCAGGAAUGGGUUAUUUUGCUUUCACUUGUCUUCGAAAGAGAUUUGCCAAUAUGAUAUUAUCAAUUAGAACAAGACAACCUUAUUUUUAGACUCUAAUUUGCCUGAUUGUGGGUGGGGGACACCUCUAAUCCCCAGGAAAAUCUCUAAAAUAAACCUAUAUGAAAGAUUCAUGGAGCAGAACAUUGUCACAGAAUAAUAGUCUCCUACAAUUGCAUACAUGUAUUGGAAAAGCUGAGAUACUUGUGGAUAAUAAACAUUGAGGGGACAAUAAAGAAAAUAAAAUUGGUUCUUUUCAAAUGAGGAGCUGUAGAUCCUGUGGCAAUGCUUUGUUAGAAGAAUCAUUGUUUCUGUCUCUUUUACCAAAUGACUGAUGUAAUUUUAGAACUUUUAUUCAAUAGGUAUUCAUG